UGAGGGGUCUGACGGUGCUGUAAUAUGGAUUCCCUGUGCCUGUCAGUCUGUCCUCCACCAAGGUGAACUCUGACCCCCCACGUGUGUCGUCAUCCUCCACCUCCUCCGCCCCAGUAUGUGGCGUCUAUCCCGGCUUCUUCUUCUACUCUUCCUUGUGAGAGACUGCUCAACAUCAACAUGGCAGAACCCCAACAGACCCUUCAUGUCUUUAGAUCCCAACGUCCACUACAACCUCUCCACCUUCACCGCGCCCGACGCCAUCCAGAACCUGGCCUCCAAGAAGGGGCCUUUGCUCUUCAUUGCCACCACCAACCACCUCUAUGUGCUCAGUGCCUCCGACCUUCAUGUCUUGCAGGAUCUGAUUACUGGUCCCACCAACAGCUCCGAGUGUGACCUGUGCUCAAAAUGUGAUAUGGGCAGUGCCCGCCCGGCCCAGGCUGAAGACACGGACAGCAAAGUCUUGGUGUUGGAUCCGGUCGAAGACCUUUUGUACAGUUGCGGUUCUUCUCUUCGCGGAGUUUGUUUCCUGCAUGAAUUUGACAACUAUGAAAUCUUGUAUUCCUCUUUCCUGUUCCGUGCCGCUUCCAACUCUCCUUCCUUGUGCCCGGACUGUAUCGCCAGCCCCCUCGGCACAGUGGUUACCCCUCACGUUCACUUGAGGUCUGUCCUUUUCUAUGUGGCCUCGACGGUGGAUUCUAACGUGGCGGGGAGCUACGGUACCACGUCGGUGUCCAUCAGGCGAAUGCUGACCUCCCAGGAUGGCUUUGCGGCGGACUUCCACUCUCUGACCGUUCUUCCUCUGUACAUGAACACAUACCCCAUCCAUUACGUGUACACUUUCAGUACGGACAAAUAUGUCUUCUUCUUGACGGUGCAGCCGGAGAGCGGGCAUUCCAAAAACUACCACAGCAGGUUGGUGCGUCUGAGCGCAACAGAGCAGGAGAUGAAGAGGUGA